AUUGUCAAAAGUCAAAACCAUGUGUAUGGUGGUGGUGGUGUGAUUGGUGUGUUGCGUUUCAAACCGAUUAAUUUCUAAAAUAAUUUAAAAACUUUCCUGCACAAUGUCGGAAGAAACAGAAAACAGUGAGAAUGAAAGUCAGCAUUCCGAGGCUGAAGAUCAAAUAGAAGAAAAAACUGAGGAAGUUGAAGAAGAUAGUGGAACAUUUAAAGAUUUGGGAUUAGUCGACGUUCUAUGUGAGGCGUGUUUAGAAUUAAAAUGGAAAAAGCCUUCCAAAAUCCAAAAAGAAGCCAUCCCGGUAGCUUUACAAGGGAAAGACAUUAUUGGUUUAGCAGAAACAGGGUCAGGAAAAACCGGAGCGUUUGCGCUACCGAUUUUACAAGCAUUACUAGAAAGUCCACAGAGAUAUUUUGCCUUAAUUCUAACACCUACUAGAGAAUUAGCAUUCCAGAUUUCGGAGCAAUUUGAAGCACUUGGUGCAAGUAUAGGUGUAAAAUGUGCAGUAAUAGUAGGAGGAAUGGACAUGGUAGCCCAAGCUCUAACUCUUUCAAAGAAGCCGCAUAUAAUUAUCGCAACACCUGGCCGUUUGGUUGAUCACUUGGAGAACACUAAGGGAUUUAAUCUCAAGGCUUUGAAGUAUCUUGUAAUGGACGAAGCGGACCGCAUUCUCAACAUGGAUUUCGAAGUAGAAGUGGACAAGAUACUGCGCGUGAUACCGCGCGAGAGACGCACGUAUCUCUUCUCCGCUACCAUGACGAAGAAAGUGCAGAAGCUGCAGAGGGCUUCGCUACAGGAUCCAGUGAAGAUUGAGGUCUCCACUAAGUACCAGACGGUGGAGAAACUGCAGCAGUACUAUGUGUUCAUACCGGUUAAAUAUAAGGACGUGUACCUAGUGCACAUUCUUAACGAGCUAGCCGGCAACUCGUUCAUAGUGUUCGUAGCGACAUGUGCCAACGCACUGCGUACAGCACUAUUGCUCCGAGCGCUGGGAGUUGCUGCAGUACCGCUUCAUGGUCAGAUGUCGCAGCAGAAGAGAUUAGCGGCACUGAACAAGUUCAAGAGUAAAGCACGAUCCGUGCUUAUUUGUACUGAUGUGGCUUCUAGAGGUCUAGAUAUCCCGCACGUAGACGUGGUGGUGAAUCUAGACAUUCCCCUCCACAGCAAGGACUACAUACAUCGUGUGGGACGCACCGCUCGAGCGGGGAGAGCGGGCAAGGCUAUCACUUUUGUUUCCCAGUAUGACGUAGAGCUAUACCAACGUAUCGAGCAACUAAUCGGCAAACAGUUGCCGCUGUACAAAACUGAGGAGAGCGAAGUGAUGGUGCUGCAGGAACGAGUGGCGGAGGCUCAGCGGCUUACUAAGAUUGAAAUGAAAGAGCUAGAAGACAAAAAAGGCGCGAAAGGCAAGAAGCGCGGCGCCGAGUCGGACGACGACACGGAGGAGGCGGCCGGGGUGCGGCGACGCAUCAAGGGGAAACACGCCAAACAUGGCGGGAAGAAGAGACGAUGAAAUAAAUGAUUUAUUAAAU